CCAGGGCGACUCCAAAUUUCUCUUGGCUUUUGCUUGUUCUCUCUUGGCUUUGCCUUAUUCCCUUUGAGCCAAGGAAAAUCAUUAAACGCCAUCAACCACCCUCAGACCUCCCCUUCCAAACUCAGCUCAAGAUGUCGACAGGUCUCGCCCACGACAGGCAUGACGCCUCCAGCAGAGACGAGCACGUCUUUGCAGACGAAAAGGUCGGCGAUGCCACCCAUAUUGAUGCCGCAGGCAACAAGGUGCUGGCCGAUUCGGACCUCAUGAAUGAUGCCUUUGACGGCGAGAACGAAGAACACAACCAGGGUCUGUGGCAGGCUGUCAAGACGCACCCCAAGGCUUGCUUCUGGGCUUUCAUCAUGUGCUUCACCAUUGUUAUGGAAUCUUUCGACAUGUUCUUGAACGGCAACUUUGUUGCUCAAGCAGCCUUCCAGGAUAGAUACGGUGUUGAGGUUGCUGGUGGCGGCAAGGCCAUUGAGACAAAGUGGCAGUCUGCUCUUUUCCAGGCCGGCCAGUGCGGUGCCUUUGUUGGUGUCUUCCUCGCCGGCCCGGUCGUCAACAAGCUUGGAUAUCGCCUGGCCACCAUGGUUGCCUUGGUCAUGAUGAACGCCACUAUCUUCAUCUCAUUCUUUGCCAACUCUCUUGAAGUCCUCACCAUCGGACAGGCGUUCGAGGGUAUCCCCUGGGGUUUCUUCAUCGCCAUCGGCCCUGCUUACGCCUCUGAGAUCGUUCCCCUCGCCCUCCGUGGUGCCUGCACGGCCACUCUGCAGAUGUCUUGGUCCAUCGGUUCCAUCAUCGUCGCCGGCGCAACUCUGGGCUUCAACAGCCGUACCGAUGAGUGGGCGUGGCGUGCGCCCCUUGCUCUGCAGUGGAUCUUCCCCCUCCCUCUCAUGGUCAUCCUCUGGUUCGCCCCCGAGUCCCCCUGGUGGCUCAUCCGCCGCGGCCGCAAGGAGGAAGCCCUCCGCUCCAUCCAGCGUCUCGGCCCCUCCAACGGCACCGCCGGGCAGUCCCAGCGCAAGCUCGCCAUGAUCGAGCGUACUGUCCAGAUCGAGGCCAACAUCGGCGGCACCCCCACCCUCCUCGACCUCUUUAAGGGCGUCGAUCUCCGCCGUACCACCAUCACCUGCCUGAUUUACGCCUCGCAGAACUUCGCCGGUAACCUGAUCGCCAACCAGGCCACCUUCUUCUUCGAGCAGGCCGGCAUGAAACACGACAUGGCCUUCAACCUCAACCUCAUCAACUCAUGCCUCCAGUUCGUCGCCAACGCCCUCUCCUGGCCCCUGACCGCCUGGUUCGGCCGCCGCACGAUCUACCUUUGGGGCACGGCCGUCAACAUCACCUUCCUCAUGCUCCUGGGCGUCUGCGCCUCGAUCCCCCAGAACAACUCCACCAACUACGCCCAAGCCGUCCUCGGAAUAUUGAUCUCCUUCGUCUUCGCCGGUACUCUCGGCCCCAUCUCCUACACCAUCAUCGCCGAGACCUCUGCCGUCCGCCUCCGCGCCCUCAGCACCGCCGUCGGUCGCGCCGCCUACUACGUCGCCGAGAUCCCGAUGAUCUACCUCGCCUCGCAGCUUCUCAACCCCACGGGCUGGAACGUUGCUGGAAAGUGCGGUUUCGUUUGGGGCGGUACCGCUUGUGUCUGCUGGGUUAUGGCCUUCUUCUUCCUGCCUGAGCUCAAGCACCGCUCGUACCGUGAGGCUGAUAUCCUCUUCAAUCGCAAGGUCCCUGCACGCCAGUUCAAGUAUACUGUCAUCAAGGUUACGGAUAACGAGUAAGGAGUGCUGUUGGGUUAGAUGAAAGAUGUAGACUCUACACUCAAGCCCUCUGGAUCAUGAUGAGAUAAAGUUCACGGACUUGCUCACAGAAGGCACCCGGCCUUUGGAAGUUCCUAGCCCGCCUUUAAUCCAAGCUUUGACAGUACGAUAGCAUGAUAGAAUCACUUUUCACAUAGAUGGCGUUUAAUGAUACGCA